UCUUCACCAGGAGGGUAAUAAACAUAUAUAUUAUACAUGUACAUAUAUUCACAGAUGUACCCACAUCUACCAGAAAAUAUAUACGGAAGAAAUGAAAUUAAAAGUAUUAUAUUUGUAAAAUGUAGUCUGAAUUUUGUUUUCAAACAAGCUGUUUCCAUGUCGAGAUUAUCUUUAAGUCUCAAUAAAAUAGUGUUUGCCACGUUGCCCAUUCAUUAUUAAAUACAUCGUAUUUACAAGUUUUUAAAAGAAUAUAUCUUUCAAUUUCAAAUUUAUGUUGCAUUAUGACAUGCACAGCGUUAAUACUUAAACACUUCUUUUGUAUUUUCAUACUGUAUAUAUAAUAUUUUAUAUUAAUUAUUAACCAGUUUAUAAAAUCACUUUUAUUAUUAUUUAUCAAACCAAACAUUAUAAUAAUUUUAUUGAAAUGAAUUAUAGUUUCUGUUCGAGUAAAUAUCCAAUCUGUUACUGCUUCCCAUAAAGUGUGUACCUUAUCGCAAUCGAAAAAUAAAUGUAUUGUUUCAGGAAAAUUAUUACAGAAGUUACAUAUAUCAGAAUCAGUGUAGUUAAUCUUGUAUAGAAAAGUAUUAGUAGCUAAUAUGUUUUGCAGUAAUCUAUACUGAAACCAUCGAAGGCUAGAAUCUUUCACACAUCGAAAUGGUAAAGCAUAAUAUUUUUCCCAGUCAGUUUGUUCAAACAAAAAGCCUUCAUUACUAUAUUUUAUCUGUCCUUUUGGCUUUACAUACUGAAAGUUUAAAAAUGUCAUGAUUAAUGAUUAAUUAAUAAAUGAACUCUAGUGGUGUCAUUCAGAAAAAAGGAGAAAAAAAUUCUCUUUAAAUAAUUUGUAUUGCUUGUUUUGCCUGCUACGUACAGUAUGUGAGAAAAAGAAUAUCUAAAAAAUGAUGUAUGUAUAAAUCGUGAGAUAUAAUAAUUCUUCUUCUUCAGAUUCCACUUCUGGAUACGACUCUGAUGAUUCUAGAUCUUCUGUCGGUGACGACCAAGUGAGCUCCACAUGCCGUUCACCCAGCGUUCCAGGGGAGAUAAUGCUGUUUAGCAACACGAGCGGUCUGUGUGACAGUCUCAAGUACAUCAUCACCAUGUCGGAAUUGUGUGACGUCAUGUUCCUCGUCGGAAAAGAACGAGUCCCAGUUUACGGAGUUAAAGCCAUCUUAGCCACACGAAGCAGAGUUCUGUACCAGUUGAUACUGUUUCACCAGAGGAAAAUGACAGACGAGGCAUCGAAGAAGAAGUCAAAGUCCAGACGCCAGACCUUGGGAACUCAUCUAACCAUUCCAGUACCUGACUACGACAUCGACGUCUUCCGCAGCUUGGUGACGUUUCUACAUUGUGGGAAAGUGAAGGUGGACGCUAAAGCUGUUGUGGGUCUACUGUGUGCAGCCUCCGAGUACGAGUUGAAAGAUCUGUCCAUGGCAUGCUGGGAUUUUGUUCGACGGAUGAAGGGUCAAGGUCAGAAAGACAACUUGAUGACGUCAGCUUCCAGAUAUGGUACAAAGAAAGCGGCCCAGAAAUUGAUUAUGGAGGUAUGCAUUUUAAUAAUAUUUACUCUUCAAGACGAAACGUUGAGUUUAAAAACAAAAUCUUUUAAACUUUUUAAAUAUGUUUUCCAAGUGGAUGUUUUUAUGACAAAGACCUUUGUUUUAAAUUAAAUACCAUUUAACUGAAUGUAGCAUACUUUGAAUAACAUGGCGGCAUAUUUAGCUUAAAGAAACAAAUGUUGAGCUAUGAUCACGGCACUUACUGAUCAUAACGCUAUCUGUAUUAAAUGACGACAGACUGUCAAAAAGUGGGUGAAUAUUCAAAAAUUCAAUCUGUGUUUUUUUCUUUCUUCAGAUUUCUAAAACCGCUGGCUGAGAGCAAGUCAUCUCUCUACCGAGACUCAAUCACGUGACUACCACAUAGGUCACGCACCCGUCACUCAUACGUCAUAUCCGGCUUCGACACCCAAAUCAAAGUGACGGACUGACACUACCACAGAGGUCAUGCACCCGUCAUUCACACGUCAUAUCCGGUUUCGACUCCCAAAUCAAAGUGAUGGACAGGCAAGACAAAACAACGAGCCAAGUUUCCUGCAAAUCCGCUUUUGUUACGAAUCGCUGUGACGUGAUCGAAACUGUAUCGGUGUUCGAAAAACACGUGACAUUUCUUUGUAUUAAUGUACGGUUUCGGAUACAUUAAAUAGUGUUUGGCACUAAAUUGAUAUAUUAAGAAUAAACAUUUGGAUUUUUAAUUUUUAUUAUUUUCGUGUGAUUAAUUAUUUUGUUUUAUUUUCUGCUUCAAUAGAUGAAAUGUUUUAAACAGAACCAAGGUAGUUUGUGUGAAUUAAAAUAAAUUAACUUUGAUCCAGUUCUUUUUAAUGUUUUAAUACCAAUUUGUCUGUUGGCACUUGUAAAGUGUAGAACAACGUUUCUUAGAUAGAGUGAAUAAAGCUGCAGUUUAUCAUUGACAAUUUCAAUUUUCUGGACUUUUCAUUCAUUAGUUAUAUGAUGUCGGACAUAUGGUUAAGGACCAUACAUAUAUUGAGAGAGGAAACGAAUUAGUAUUAUUACCUGCACACAGUGAUAUUACUUCAGGGGUGGGGGGGGGGGGGGGAGAUUAUAUUGGACUUCAAGAGUUUAAAACAUUGAACUGAGUGAACAUAGAUGCGCUGUCCUUAAAGUUUCUAUAGGUAGUAUUAAACCAAAUAACUUCCGGCUGGGUUAAAGUUCGAGGUGCACUUAACUUUUGACAACGAAGUUAACAACACAAGUCCUGUGAUUGGUGAUAAAUGUGAGUGUCGGUGUAAAAAAAAUAGUUUCAUCUGGGCAAAAAAUGUAUGCAAUUUUAUAUCAUCUAGUACCACUGUAUCAAUUAGCCUUGUGCUUGAAACAUGUGAGGGAUACCUGUGAAAUUUGUGCGCAACUUGGGUAGUCAUAGAUGCUACCUGUUAUCUCUGAAAUGAUCAAAUUGACCCCCAUUUUUAAAAUUAACUUUAAGUGUGAGGGUUGGUAGGAUUUAUAUAUGUGGUGUUUAUGUCGAUUGAUACGCUUCAUGUAGGAGUUUUAGCCACAUGUUACUAUUGUCGUCAAUGGGAUUUGAUUUGGUAGUAUACACCCUGUUAGCACGGUUGCCUGCAUUUAAGUUAUGGUGUUUGUGGAAAAAAUGGUAGUAGGGAUGAGGUGAAAUUUUAUUAUUAUCAAACUUUUAAAAUGUUAAUACAGUGUAUGUCUUGUAUCUGCUUAAAAGACAGUUAUCGUGUUUAGAUAUGUACAAUUUAAUUCAUAUAAGUAGUGCUCUAAUGUGACAUUCCUAAAAUCAAAGUUACACUGUUUGAAUUCAGGAUUCUAGUCAUCACAAACAUAAUGCGACAGGCUAUUUCUGUAAUGAAAUUACUAAUAUUUGGAUAUGUUGCUCUUAUGAGCAUUAACUAUCAAACCUAGAUGUGUGGAUAUAACCAAACAUGCAAAAUAUAGAGUAUUUCUGAACAGACUUUAACCUCACCUUCAAACUGAAUAAAAUUAACUGUCACCUUUGUAAUUUGUAAUACUAUGGUUAAAGUCUUAUUAUUUAAAAGACAAUAUAUACACCAGUCCCAACCACAAUUCCUCAAAAUACGCUAAAACAGUGUAAAUAUAUGAACAUAUACGCACAAUACAGCAUUUUUGGUGCUAUGUCAUUGACCUGAAAUAUGACCUUAAAAUAUUUGGGGAAGAAUAGCACCAAAACCUUUCAGACUGCUAUUGUAAUAAAGUUUAAAAUGCUAUAUGUUGCCAACUUUCUUGAUUAUAUUCCCAUGGAAUUACAACUGAACCUGAACUAUUACAAUUUUUCAAAUCUGUUUCAACCCUAUUGUAUGGCAAUCUAAUUAUAAUUAGCUUCACUAUUACAUGGAGCUUAUGUCCAGUUGACCUUUCAUUCGACCAAUCAAAACCUUGCUUACAAAAUCAUGCCAGUGAUUUGAAAAGAAUUUGAAAACAUUCGGGAUUAUGCCGAGGGUAUACGAAAUGAUUCCGGUGCAUUACGAAGUAAUCCGCAAACUAAUUGCAAUAUAAAACUUUAUAUAAAAUUAGUUUCAAGACGAAAAAAACACAACCCCGUGAUGGUAUAGCCAUGAAAUCUAUUUAUACUAGUAUACAAUCCAGAGUUUAUUAUUGCACUUUACCCGCUGUUUUUUCAAUCUUGAAAUAGACCAACAAGUUCGCCCGUUGCAUAAAUAGUCUAGCCCAAUAUUUUUGGAAUUUGUAUGCUCCCGAAUAAGGCUAUGAAAGGCGAAGUGUAAUUGGUCGAUAUUUAAAUUGUCAUUUAUAGAUGAAAUGUCACCUGGACAUGGGAGUCAACGCAAUGCUGUUAGAACUACUGGUAGACCCAGUAGAGCUAAUUUUAUUGAUAAUUUUCUUUUCUUUGGGACUACGUAAUUGGUCAGUUUUGUGAUUUUAGAUGGGAAAGCCUACUUAGUCAAGGGUUUUACAGAAUUUACCAACUAAUUCAAUAGAGUUGCAACCACCGUCGAAGAAAGAGCUCUACAUGCAAAUCAUGCAAAGGAACGCAUUCAAGAGAAA